AGUCUCUCACUUUUCUUCGGCAAUACACAAGAGACACAGCUAAAAAGUAUCCACAGCUAAUCCCAGUGACAUAUCCCAGUUUCAUCCAAAAAACGAAAAAUAUUAAAUCUAGGCAUCAUGUAGCUGUAAACUAGACUAUUGCAUAACAUUCGCAUUGAUGGAAAGGGGCUAUUGUCCUAAAAUGGACUGCAAUUUUAUGUUUGGAUUUUUCUCUUUCAAUUUGGAAUAUACUUUUUAGGAUAAUCUAGGAACGUUCCUUUAACUCGUUUUUGUUUUAAUUAAUUCAGAGGGUCGUUUCGGUGUAGAAGCGUCAUUGCGCGCUGGGUACGCAAGACUCCUGCUUCUCCGCAAGUGUUGACUUUUCCUCAGGUGAAAAUAUGUUUUAAACGCAGGGGGAGGAGGGACGCUUUUGUUCUGCAGAAAAAGGGGGCUUGUUCCUCGCAGAUCGCCCUUCCAUUUUAACCAGGGGUGUGAGUGCGAACAAGGGGUUGACAUUGGAACCUGCGAUGGGAGUAGAGGAGGGGAGACGGGAGUCGCCAGUCCUGCACUACCGAACACUGAAGCAACAUCACCCGCUCUGAAUGCACGGGACGCGCACGUUAUCCACCACGCAGAAGCCAGAUAUAAACUCUCUACAACAGGAUACACUGGAUGAUAGCGACUGAAGAUUCUCUGAAGGAAUUACAAAGAGAUAGCUAUCUGCAGCAAAUUAACUGUCAUCUUCAUUGGCAUCGGAUGACCUUGUAUUUGUAUCCUUAUUAUUAGGAAACUCAUCCAGCGCUUUCUUUGCCAAAACUUGAAUGCACCUCUCUUCUAAUUAAGGGCACUUAAACGUUGCUAAUCGAGAGGGCCGCCUGACAGAUAGACAGUUAUUAUCAAUAAUCAAUUAUCAUUCAUCAUUAUUAUCAAUUAUCAUUGUCACAGUUUCACAUUUUACUGUCAAGGUUGUCGAUCAGUUGUAAGCGUCAGCCUUGCCAAAACAGGCUAUGGACAUUUAUUUGACAUGAAAUGUACCCACAUUUUUACAAAAUAAUAGGCUUAAAACCACUUCUUCCACCAUCUUUGAUCGUUUUGGAUUUUGAUUAAGUUUUUGAAAAGCGACGACUUAAUCAAUUGCAACCGAAACCAGUGUUUCACACAGUUUACCUUUACCAAAUAACCUCGAGUUUGGAACACUGCAAGCCCUGUGGUCUGUAUUUAUCGAAGGAACAAUCAACACAAUCAACAUGCGACGCCUCCCUUCCCGGUUGAGUUAUCUGUUCCUACACUUCUUCGCAUUCUGUUACUAUGCUCAGGUAACCAAUCAGUCCCCGCCUAAUUUCACGCAGCAUGUAAGCGAGCAGAGCAAGGUGACAGACCGUGUGAGCCGCAGGUUAAUUCGGACCUAUCAACUUUACAGCCGAACCAGCGGGAAGCACGUGCAGGUUCUGCCCAACAAGAAGAUCAACGCCAUGGCAGAAGAUGGAGACAUACACGUAAAUAACACGGCUACUGUAUCAGCUGGUAUUGCUAAGAAGAGGCCGCGGACCGACAAAAUUGUCAAAUGGAUUGAAGAUUGUGCUGUAGGUGAUUCUCCAGAGAGACUCAUGUCUGGAAGAGCCAUUAGAAAUAAUCAUCCUUCAACCUCCAACCUCCUGAACAUUUCCUGCAUAGCUCUCCUGCUCUCUCUUUAUUCUGACCAGCUUCAGAACCAAAAUAGGGCCCGCCGAAUUUUCAACCAGCCCGCCUGCAUUUUACGCAGUUUCCCCUUGCCAGCCAGUCAACAUUUAGCCUUAUCUAUUAUCUUUGCAUAUUCACAAAUUAACUAUUUUUUUCAAAAUUGGAUUUUAUAUUUUUAAAUGAAGUCAAUUUUUUUGUGAUUUUUCAUUGGGCUAUUCCCAUUGCCAUUAAAUAGUGUUAGAUUUAAACAUAAUUUGGCAGCCAACUGGACCCUUGACUCUCUGUGUGUAUGCUGCUGUAGGUCCUGUCUAAUGUGGUGUGUGAAUACACUUGUGUGUGUGUUUGUGGUUUGCACCAGAGGGUGUGGAGGUGCUCAGGUCACCUAUGCCAGUGCCACCUGUACCAUGGUUGCAGGUUGUAUGUGUGGGUCUAAAGCUGUGGCUUGCAUGAGGUAUUUGUUGUUUAGCCCCACACCAACCAUCUAAGCAUAACCUCAACCAUAACCGUAACUCAAUGACCACGUGGGUGUGCAUGGAUCAGAGAGUGGUUAGAAUCUCUAGUAAGGGACAUACAAGUGGCAAACAUUUUGAACCGACAUUAUGCCUAUCUGUUGAAUUUUGCUGUGUGUCAUCAUUAUGUAGGUAGGGGGAUCGGAAACCCAGGAAGAGUAGGGGCUGCCUUGGCAGAAGCUAAUGGGGACCCUAAUAAAAUACCAAAUCAUAACUCUUAGUAAUGGCCAGGUGGGCAUUGUGUGCCUCCGUGGAAGGCAACAACAAAAUAGAUAAACAUAUUUUAGUUUGGAAACAAAGGAUAUCGGUGUUAUCAAUCAUAGAAGCAGUUGUGAGACAUACAGUAUCUAUAAACACAUAUUAAGAGAAGCCAUUUAACACGCUUCUAUUUAUGUCCAUCUGUCUCCAAGCGUGAUCUAUGAUAGAGAUGAAUGUGGUGCUUACGUGUGACGGGAGUACAGCUUUAGAGAAAAAAGUUGAUAGUCCUUCCAGGAUGGCCUCUUUAGUUUUCAAAGAAUUGAGGUACACAUGUUUUUAUGAUUCUGCAAGAUUUUAAGCUUGCAUAAAUCCUCAGGAAUGGUCCCCACAGGUUUUGUGUGUGUGUGUGUGAUAUAUAGAAUUUUCUCUUGUAAAAAUAUAAACUGAAUCAGCUUAACCAUGUCUUUAAGCAACAUCCUAUUACUAACAGUGCAUAAGCCCUGGUUGAUAAUAAAACUCCUUUGUU